AUGGCCGCUCCAACUCAAAACGGAAAUGGCGUCCAGCAUUCGUCCGGAGCAGCACCUUCUCGAGUAACCCUCCACCUAGGACAUCUUCCAAGCAAAAAAGAUAUUAAGGCGCCCUGGCCGCGAACUCCUACCAGGGUUGACCCAAAUAACCCGCCAUGGCCAGCGUAUCGUGGCUACCAUGAAUACUCAUUCGCACACGCCACUAUGCAAUCGCGCUUACCUACUAUCUUGGGCAAGGCAAUUGAAGACGCAACCCGCACUUUAAACAGUCAAUCCUCAGAGGAGCGCGUUGUUGACCUUGUGCAAUGCAUUGAUCGUAUGGGUGAUCUCAUGAUUGACCUGAGUGGAAACGCAAAGCUUAGACCUAUCAUCGAUGAUGACGAGGCCGACGUUGCUUUGUGGAACAAAGAAAUCGCAAAAUAUUUUCAAGGGAAGGAUUUCAUGAACGCCCCUUGGUUAUUCGCCGAAGCCUACAAGUAUCGCAGACUUCACGAAGCUUUCAGCAUCAGCAAAUUUUGGCGCGACUAUGAUGUUUUUUACAGACAGAAGUGCGAUACUUUUUCCCGCUCAAGCGAUGCAGUAUUUGAACUGUCUUUGCGUUUCGCGGAGCCUUUCAAAAUCAACGAAUCACUGUCACCUAAAGAGAAACUUGAAGCCGAGCGUUUGAUGUUCCUGGAAUUGACCCAAGUUUGCCUGUGGGGAAAUUCGACAGAUCUUUCCCUUCUGAUCAAUAUGACCGAGGACCAAAUUAAAUCUCUUCAAUCUACCGGUGGAGAUUCCCUGGCAGCCACCGAAAAAAACAUUCUUGGCAAUGACAUGCAUCGUCUAUGGGACCGUGUCAGGCAACUUCGCGAGAAGACCGGCGGUAGAAUAGACUUCGUCCUUGACAAUGCCGGCUUCGAGUUGUAUUGUGACUGUGUAUAUGCCGACUUCCUCAUUCAAAGUGGAUUGGCAAAUCAGAUUCGCUUCCAUGGAAAAAGAUACCCUUGGUUUGUGUCCGAUGUAACCAAGAAAGACUGGGAAUGGCUCCUAAACACCAUGGUUUAUGGUCAACUGUUCCCAAAAGCAAGCGAUGCUGAAAGAGAAUCUCUCCGUAGGUUGGGACUCCGCUGGAAGCAAUAUGAAAAGGAAGGGAAAUGGGUUUAUGAGCAACAUCCUUUUUGGUGCACUGGGUACACCUUUUGGGACUUGCACUCAGAAGCCCCUGAUUUAUUCCUUCAUCUUUCUCGUUCGGAUCUGGUGAUAUUUAAAGGGGACCUUAACCAUCGCAAAUUGACAUAUGAUUGCGCUGCACCAGCAAGCACUCAAUUUGAAGAUGCAAUUGGUCCAAUGGCUAGUUCGGCGGGUGCCCCGGUCAUUGCCAGCUUGAGGACUAUCAAGAGCGACGUGGUGGUCGGUCUCGGUCCACAAGGCGAUGAAAUUUCAGAUGAGCUUACCAAGAAUGAACCCGGGUGGAAGAUCAGUGGAAAAUACGCCGUUGUUCUUUUGUCCGAGGGUCGUCCAGGAGAGCCUGUCCGCUUUGCGUAG